UCUUAAGGCAUCAAUCGUGUUCAAUCCUCCGCAUUAGCGAGUACUGGUGUACCAGCAGCGCUAAAGUUUCCAACAUUAUCAAAUAUGAAAGUGUUUGUCGUGAUCUCAUCUCUCCUGGCCGUUGCCACCGCAGCCCCACCGUUUUUGGCGCAGCCUGUAUUCGCAACCAUCCCAGCUACGACAUACAUCGCUGCCCCAGCGGAAGUGACCAGCCAAUUUCACGCUCAGGAUGAACUAGGUCAAUACUCAUAUGGAUAUAGCGGAGGACUGUCGGCGAAGACGGAGACCAAGACUCUGGAUGGAGUUACUCGUGGAUCGUACACUUUCCUGGAUGCCGACGACAAAGUGCAAACCGUUAGUUAUACCGCUGAUGCCGUCAAUGGAUUCCGUGCAGAAGCCAGCAAUUUGCCAGUUGCUCCCAUCGAGACUCGUGCUGCCCCAGAACCAGUUCAGGACACUCCCGAAGUCGCUCAAGCCAAGGUUGAACAUUUGGCGGCGGUUGAGCAGGUGAAAGCGCGUAAUCUCGCUGCUGAUGAGGCAGAUGCCGCAGAACAGGCCCCCGUUGUUGUGAACUCUGCCCCCAUUGCUUCUAUCACCACCUACAGCGCUCCUGUUCCUGCUGUUGCCUUCGCUCCUGCUCCCAGAUUUUCCUACUCUACCUCUACUGUAUCCCUUAAACCACAACCUAUUGCCAUCAGCACAUAUGCCGCUCCAAUCGCUGCACCUGCCGUUGAGAUCAAAGCUCCAGCUUCCUUCGCAUAUUCGACCUACACUCCUAGCUUCCCUACUGCUGCUGUUCAGUAUAGUGCUGCCCCCGUAACGACCUACGCUGUUCCGGCCGCAUCAUACGCUUACGCUUACAAUGCACCGGCCUACUACGCUGCAGCCAACUACGCUCCAGUGCUUGUGAACGCUCGUUCUGCCCCAGUUGCCGUGCCAGAACCAGUUCAGGAUACUCCCGAAGUUGCCCAAGCCAAAGCUGAACAUCUUCAAGCAGUAGCCGAAGCCAAAGCUCGCAACUUACAGUAAAACUAGCUCGGUCAACGACGGUCUCAAAUACAUCUCAACGAACUACCAGUUACACAAACUAGCUCACCGAAAACAAAAGUGCAGAACCAUUGUAAAAAUGUACAAUUUCGAAAUAACCGCAGCAAUCUAGCUUAUACGUGGAGUGAUAACUAUUACCUAUCGUCUCAUAAGAUGACACUGUGCUGAUGAACGCAAAUAAAAAAAGGAAAAAAAUAAUAUGAAUGAAUGUCAAGUAGAA